UUCACGCUGUCCUCUUCCAGGGAAGCAGCUCGGGCACCGGCCGGCUGCAGGCACCCCGGACCAUGUCACAUCUCUGAGCCGGUGACGGGGAGCAGCUGUCCACCCCCCGCCUUCCCAACCCAGCUUUGAGAUGUUGAGCUUGAAGCUUCCGCGGCUGUUCACCAUCGACCAGAUGCCCCAGGUGUUCCAUGAGCAGGGCAUCCUCUUCGGCUACCGACACCCACAGAGCUCCGCCACUGCCUGUGUCCUCAGCCUUUUCCAGAUGACCAAUGAGACCCUCAACAUCUGGACUCACUUGCUGCCCUUCUGGUUCUUCGUGUGGAGGUUUGUGACCGCCCUGUCUGUGACGGACAUCCAGAGGGACAGCUACUCCUGGCCUCUGUUCGUGUACAUGGGCACCAGCUGCGUGUACCCCUUCGCGUCCAGCUGCGCGCACACCUUCAGCUCCAUGUCCAGGAACGCCCGGCACAUCUGCUACUUCCUGGACUACGGGGCCGUCAACCUCUUCAGCCUGGGCUCAGCCAUCGCAUACUCGGCUUACUCGAUCCCGGACGUGAUGGUGCACACCGCCUUCCACGACUGCUACGUGCCCCUGGCCGUGCUGAACACCAUCCUUAGCACCGGCCUCUCCUGCUACUCCAGGUUUCUCGAAGUCCAGAAGCCCGGGCUCUGUAAGAUGCUUCGCGUCCUCGCCUUUGCUUAUCCCUACACCUGGGACUCCCUCCCCAUCUUCUACAGGCUGUUCCUGCACCCCGGGGAGAGUGCGCAGAACGAAGCCAUCUUGAGCCACCAGAAGCACAUGGCCAUGACCAUCCUGGCCUCUUUCUUCUACUCCGCACACCUGCCAGAGCGCCUGGCACCUGGACGCUUCGACUACAUCGGUCACAGUCACCAGCUGUUCCAUGUGUGUGUGAUCCUGGCCACUCACAUGCAGAUGGAAGCCAUACUUCUGGACAAGACCCUGAGGAAGGAAUGGCUCCUGGCCCACUCCAGGCCCCUGUCUUUCCCUCAGAUAGUUGCGGCCAUACUCCUGUGCCUCGUCUUCAGCCUCAGCAACAUAAUUUAUUUCUCAGCUGCUCUGUAUCGGAUUCCUGAGCCAGAAUCACAUAAAAAAGAAACAUGAUUCAGACCAUAAGCUUUUCGUGCCAGGUGUCAGCCUUAAGCUACAACAUUCUGACCGCCAGAAGCCAGCGGUCGGGUACCAGUAUCCAAAGGUCUAAAGUAUUCACAAUGGCUGAUGUCUUGGCAUUUUUGAGUGGGUUCAUGUCAAUAAGGUAUUGAACUGGGGAAAUUUCUCUAGCUGUGCACUGAUUCUAUAUUAUGAUUUUGAAAGGGGAAGAUGGGUUCAUGUAAGUCCUUGUUAGGGCAGAUUCUUAAUAUUUCAUUAAGUUUUAAAUUUAUUUACAAUGGGUUUUUCAAUUCUAUUUAAACAGUUCGAUUAAGCAUACCGCCCUUGUAGCUUGACUAUUAAACAGCUGAAUUACCCUUUGCAAAUGGAACUUGCUUCAUUUGAUGAGUUCCACAUAGCACGGCCUCUGCCCAGAGGUCCGCAGUGGGAGGAGAAUGAACCAGAAAGAUCAGUGUAAGGAACCUGGGUAAGAGGAAGUUGGGUCUGUGGGAGCUCUGGGGACAGGGCAGGUGCUCCAGAAUGAAGAGACCUGGUUUGGGGAGGGGUCUUCUUCCUUUUCCCACCUAGCGAAGGGAAUGAAUAGAAUGAGUCCUCUUUUCCAUAAGUCUGUUGUGCCUCAAUGUGCCAAUUCCCCUGUCAUGUGGAUCUGGAUCUUCUGAAAAGUCUACAUGGCUGGGUGUCCAUGUUCUGUUGUUUUUGUUUUCUGUUUUCUUGUUGCCAGUUUGAUGCUGUACAGGAUUGUGUAGUACACAAUGUGUUAUGUGUGGGAGCUGGCCGACUUAGGCCCAGUUGGCUGUGUUCGUCUGUCACCUUUUAAACCAAUGGCAUCGCUAUACCUGGGGAUGUUAUACAUUUGAUGUCGUGUCGGCAUCUCAGAUAUACUGCAAAUGUUAGGGUUCGUGUGCAGAGGUGCCGAGACCUUGCUAAAGGGUUGGUCAACUGUGGUGAUUCUUAAGCUUUCCCGUCAAUCAGAAACACCUGGUGGGGUUGUGACAAAUGCAGAUUUCCAGGCAAAAUCAGAAGAUUCUGCACUCGUAGUUUAAAAUGUAGGUCUUUUUGUGGAGAUUUGCCCUAAAUCGGAGCAAGUCCCCAGGUGAUUCUAAUGCAGAAGGGCCCCAGGCCAAACUUGAACACAUGCUCUCCUCGAGAAUUCCAGAAGGCACUGGGCCUAUCAGCAUUGCUGCGAUUGACCUAAUUUUCAGCGACUUAGCAUCUAAGGAUGUCUCCCCUGCUUUCUCCUCUGCAUGAGAUAGAGCGUUUUCUCAUCUUUUGCAUUGGUAGUUAAAAUUUAGUAUUUCAUGGUGUUUUUGGAGUACAGAAAAUGCUGAUACAAAACAGUUUUUAACAGAGGCCCUUCAACCCCUGAUCUGCACUUGCACAUGACUUAGGGGGCUGCCCAUCACAAAGCAGGAUCUUCUCUGCUGACUCAGGAACACCCCCAUAUCUUCGAAUACUGCCUCUGUGGUUAACUGGCCUGGAAACUCGAAUGGCCUUGUGAAUAGCUCAUCGUCCAAUCCUCUAAGGACAAGUAAAAAUUUAUAUUGGAUGAGAGUGGUCAAGAAAUAUGAUUUCAUUAGUUUUAUUAUCUGUUUACUUCCUCUGGGGAAUGUAGACUGAUAAAAUUAUAUGGGCUGAUAAAUUUUUGGUACAUUAAAUGCCAGCUGCAUGACGAAAUUUGGUUUUUGACAACAAUCUGACAUUGUUAGUGGAAUUUUGCCCCAGCAGGGUCUGUGGGCUUCCAUUUCAUCUUGCUGUAACUGCAGUUUUAUGCUGAGAAGUGCAAAGUUUAAAUACCCUUUUCUAGCAAUGCCAAAGACAUGAAGCUUUUUAAUAUCUCCUGUUUAGAGAGAGUAAAAUAAUGUUCUUUGUUUAGCUCAGAAAGAGCUGGAAGAUAGUAGCUGAUUCAUGUGAAGGACCUUUAGAUUAUUUAAUUUUUGGUUAUGUGGCUUUUUCAUCAUACUUCAUGAUGGAAAAGAAAUGUUAAAUCCACAAAGUAGGAGCUGUGUUUCAGUAUGUUUUUAGAUGUUUGGUAAACUUUGUCCCAUGAUAUACUUUUGGACAGUGUUACAAGUUAAAAUUUGAGAAGAGUUUCCAACGUACUGACUUGGAAACCUCUAGAUAUGGAGAAUGGGUUCACAUAUAUUAAUUACCAUUAGGUAUUAAGAGUGAUGGCAGUAGAGUUUUGCUUAAGCCAUCCCAGAAAGUUAAAAAGUCUGGCAUUGGGUGAGCUGAAGACUUCGCUGAGAAGAUGUCUCUUCACGUAGCGGCUCUCAGGGUUUUUCGAGUGUCUCCGUUCGCCCGGAGAUACGCCAUACUCCCAUUGGUAGCGACUGCUCCCCAUGGCACUGCCUCGGAAGGGGUUGCGUGCGGGGUGACAGACUCCCAAUGGGAUGUCCUUGUUCUUCCUCCCCCUGCUUGAGAAGCACUGUUCCAAAAUUUCCCUGAUGCCACAGUUGUGAUAAAACUUGAAUUUGUUUGAAUGAGGCCAUGUAGUCAACUUCACCUUCCUCCACUCAUCUUAAGAGCUUCACUUGCCACUGCUCAGUUUUUAGAGAGAAACGAAUUUGUCAGUGUGGAUUAAAAUGAGAAGCGGGAGGUUUUAGAAAUCAUUUGAGUACAAGGUGGUCUAAAUAUUUGGUCUGCUGGAGUCUUUCUCAAAGUGCUUGAUGUGGAACCCAGUUCUAAGGAAGGCAAGGUGGAGGAGAAUGGUGUGGUCACGUGUGUUGGAGAGACACUUCCUUUGGCUCUAUUGUGUCCCAAAUUUGUUUUGGCUAUGGCACUGUAUGAAACACCUGUUAGCACUGUAUGAAAACACUUUAUAACAUAUUAGUUGAAUGCCAGCCUCUGAUUUUCUAGCCAAAAGCCAUCACAGACGAAAAGGCAAAGACCCAUUUCCAAACUCAGUUAUAGCACUUAAAGCAAUGUCUGGUUUUUGUAAACUGUGUGGGCAAAAGAAAAUAAAAUUUAUUUAUUACAAUAAA